AUGGAAGGAGUGAAUCACACCACCUACGUUACAAGAUUUGUUCUCCUAGGACUUUCUGCCCAUCCAAAGCUUGAGAAAAGUUUCUUUGUGCUAAUCUUAGUUAUGUACUUGGUAAUCCUUCUGGGCAAUGGUAUCCUUAUCAUAGUAACUAUCUAUGACACCCACCUGCACACACCCAUGUACUUCUUGCUUGGCAACCUCUCCUUCCUGGACGUUUGCUACACAUCCUCUUCUGUCCCUGUAAUUCUCGACAGUUUCCUCACCCCACAGAAAACCAUUUCCUUCUCUGGCUGUACAAUGCAAAUGUUUCUGUCCUUCGCUAUGGGAGCAACUGAGUGCGUCCUCCUGAGCAUGAUGGCAUUUGACUGCUAUGUGGCCAUCUGCAACCCCCUGAGAUAUCCCAUCAUCAUGAGCAAGGCUGCCUAUGUGCCAAUGGCAAUGGGAUCUUGGAUAGCAGGAGCUGUCAAUUCAGUUGUGCAGACGUCUCUCGCUAUGCAAUUUCCUUUUUGUGGGGACAAUGUCAUCAAUCAUUUCACUUGUGAAAUUCUAGCUGUCCUCAAACUGGCCUGUGCAGAUAUCAUAAUCAAUGUGAUUAACAUGGUGGUGGCAAAUAUGAUUUUUCUAGUUAUGCCAGUUCUGUUCAUUUUUGUUUCCUAUGUUUUCAUUAUUUCCACCAUUUUGAGGAUCCCUUCGGCAAAGCAAAAUGCAAAACUUUCUCGCCAAGUCUUACAAUGA